UUGGUGCGGCGGGAGCGGGAGCUAAUGUUUUUCGUUCUGAUCGGUUUGGUUUCAAAGUGCCAAUUUUAAUUUACCAUAAGGCCUUCCCUAUGGCUUAUCACAGCAACUCGUCAAAUAGAUCUGGGGGAAGUGGGGGAGGAAAACCAAGGCUAAACUUUUUAAAACCAGCCGAUGAUGCCUCCUGGGAGGAAGAUAAGCCCGAUAUUGACCCAAACAAUGGGACGACCUUCAUAUUCAACCCUUUUCUGUCCUUAUCGCUGGACCAGCAGAAGAAAAAGUUGCCCAUUUAUCAAAAUAAGGAUCACAUUCUGUACCUUUUGCAACAAUACCAGACCCUCGUCCUCGUGGGAGAAACAGGCUGUGGGAAAAGCACACAAGUUCCGCAGUACCUGUUGGAAGCUGGGUGGGGGAUGGGCGAGAAGAUGAUAGGCAUUACUCAGCCUCGCCGCGUGGCUGCGACUUCCCUCGCUUCCCGUGUCGCGGAUGAGAUGGGGGCCGUGCUUGGCGACGAAGUCGGAUAUGCGAUCAGAUUCGACGAGAAAUUCAACCCCAAAACGACCAAAGUGAAGUAUUUGACGGAAGGGCUUUUAAUCCGGGAGAUGAUGAGCGAUCCUCUGCUUCGACAAUAUUCAGUCAUCAUGCUGGACGAGGUUCAUGAAAGAACUGUCAAUAGUGACAUCCUGAUGGGACUCCUUCGUAAAAUAUUAAAGGCCAGAAAGGAUUUAAAACUCAUUGUGUCAUCGGCUACAGUUGAUGCAGAGGAAUUAAAACUCUUUUUCGAGUUGAAAAGCAAAAAGUCCAAAGAUCGUAAAACUAAGGAAACUUCCGUUAUAUUGAGUGUCAGUGGACGAACUUAUCCUAUUGAAAUAUGCUUCAGUAUUGAUCCGGUACCUGAUUAUGUCAAAGAAUCUGUAAAUACUGUUGUGAAAAUUCAUGAACGUGAGGACAGGGGUGAUAUACUAGUCUUUCUCACUGGCCAAGAUGAAGUCGACACUGCAGUUAGUCUUUUAAUGCAACACAGUACUACCAUGAAAGAACGUGGGGGAUUAGAAAUGACCGUUUUGCCAAUGUAUGGGUCUUUACCUGCUCGUGAUCAACUCAAGGUUUUCCAGUAUCCACCAAAAGGACAUCGGAAAGUGGUUGUAUGCACGAACAUUGCGGAAACAUCGAUAACAAUUUCCGGUAUCGUUUAUGUGGUGGACUGCGGAUUUGUAAAAAUGAGAUGGUUCAACCCCGAAAGUUUUACUGACUCUCUCGUAGUCGUUCCAACUUCCAAAGCAUCUGCUGAACAACGAGCAGGUCGAGCAGGAAGAACAAAACCGGGAAAAGUUUAUAGGCUGUACCCAGAGCACGAGUAUGAAAAACUUCCUACUGCAACUUGCCCUGAGAUUCAGAGGAAUGAUUUAGCACAGACUGUACUUCAAUUAAAAGCAUUAGGGAUUGAUAACAUUGUUAGAUUCAACUUUCCAUCACCACCACCUGCAAAAAACCUUAUUUGUGCCGUUGAGUUAUUAUAUGCCUUGGGAGCAUUAGAUUCUCGAGGAAAUCUCACUUCCCCUUUGGGAGAGCAAAUGUCAGAGUUUCCGUUGCCUCCCACAUUUUCAAAAAUGCUGUUAACCUCAGGCGAAUAUGGUUGUGCCGAAGAGAUUACGACAAUUGCUGCCUUACUCCAAGUUGAAACCGUUUUCCAAGCUCCGUGGGGUCAAAAUGCAAUGAAAGCUAGGAUGACAAAGCGGAAGUUUGAAGUGGCCGAAGGUGAUCUCUUGACCCUGUUAAACGUCUACACUGCAUACAUGGAAGCUGGAAAGACAAAACAUUUUUGCUCACAAAACUUUUUACACUACAAAAGACUACGACGAGCGGAAGAAAUAAAAAAACAAAUGCUCAAAAUGCUACAUCGCUUCAAAGUACCUAUCGAAUCUUGUAAAGGAAUAAUUGAACCAAUCAUUAAAUGCAUUUGUGCUGGGUUUUUUCCUAAUGCUGUCUACCUCCAUCAUUCCGGCUAUCAUAGAACGGUUCGUGGGGAUUUGCCCGUAUUUGUCCACCCGACUUCUUUAUUGUAUACCCUUCCCCAACCCCAGUGGUUAUUGUUCACUGAAAUUAUUCACACUACGCAUAUCUACAUGAGAGACCUCACCGUUGUUCAACCCCAAUGGCUGGAAGAACUGGCACCUCAUUUUUACAAAAAGACAACCGAAGUUGGGCAUUAGUUUGCAUGUCUGAUACUACGAAAUGUUUAGACAUGAUUCCAGUCGCUAAUAGAUUUUUAUUUAUUGUUGAAUUCUAUUUUGAUGAAUUUUAAUAAAUUUUUAAUAACAAAUAUAAUAACAUA